AUGAUCUUUGCACCGAAAGAGAAGAGUCUGAAGGAUGGGACUAUCGCCGUCGUAAUUAUCCUGGAGGCAUCUUUUAUGCUUACGCGUCUUUAUUUACGUAAGAAGCUGAUGGAGGAAAUAAUCGAAAAGAUGAACGAUAUCUUGCAAAGUGCGGAUGAAAUUAUGAAGGAUAUUGUAAAAUCGGCUAUAAAGCCCAUAAUCAUGCCGUUCAUAAUAUAUGGAGUGACUGGUGUAGUAACUGUUGCGACAUGGACUAUCCAGCCGAUUUUAUUGGUCUUCGAGAAGUCCACCUUUUAUUAUGUAGAUUACAAUUUGCCAACUGCUUUCAACAGCGAACCGUUUUCCAGCAGUGUUCUGAUUUUUUCAACCAUUUUUAUGACAAUUGGAAGUAGUUAUUUAUUUCUUAAAAAAUUUGGCGUGGAUGUGUAUAUGAUGCAUUUAGUAUUAAUGUUAACGGCGCAGUAUCGAUACACGGCAGUAAAACUCACAAUAUUGUUUCGAGAUCUACAGAACUAUGAUGAAACUAAAAAAAAAUAUUCUAUGGAAGAUCGACGGACGGAGAGAAAAUUAAGAAAAUUAUGUAUACAUCAGAAUAAUGUUUUAAAGUAA